GGGUUUUUGUAUGAACGAAGAAUCAGGUCCUUAUUAUAAGGGGAUGGGGAGUACAAGUCGUACACGAUGUAAUCCAACGAUAAAUGGGUAUAUGGAAGGUCAAAUAACGGAAAAGAAACGAACAGGAAGUUAUGGGGAAGAGAAUGAAGAGAUGACGGGAGUGGAAGAGAGAUAUUCAGAAGCGUAUCGAAAAAAGGCGAAAAUGAAGGGAGAAUUAGAUGUUCUUGAUGAGGAAGCAUUUGGACAGAAUUUAGAUGGAGGGCAUGAGGAAUCUCAUGCGCGAUUAGAGGAUAUUCAGCAAGAAUUAGCGUCGGAAUUUCAUCCGGAUUUAUCGAUGUUAGAACAUUUACCGACGGUAGGACAAGAAGCACAUGCGUUUUUACAUGAAGAAGUAGCGCAACAGAUUACGGAUCCUAAUCAAAACCUAUGUAUACAAUCAUUACCGAUUCUAGAUAAUCUUUCAUCACAAAUUCUUUCAAUUCUUGGUAAAGGACCGCAUCAAGAGACUUUAAAUAUAGUAACGCGACCGGAUACGGCGAAAGGACAAGCUUAUCGUACGUUAACAUCACUUUUUAACCAAGUUAAAAAAUUGUAUUCAACUGAAGCAUUUCUUAACCCGGAUUUACUUGAUUUACGCGCGCCACAACAUCGUGCAACUAUUAGGAAAGUAAACCUUGCAACGUUUGUAUCAUCGGUAUUUGGAUCGGUAGAAGUGGGAUUUUUUCAUUUAAAUGAACAUUUUCUUGAUACAUUUGUUCCUGAUGGGGCACGACUUCUUAAAUCGCAAAGUGCACUUUUUCUAAAUUUAAAAACGCAAGCCUAUAUUAGUGCUAUAGAUCAAGGCGAAAAGCCAAAAGAAGAGAUUCUAGACGAUCUUUUUCCUCCAAAUAUGGAUCAAAUUCUUCUUCAAAGAAGGAAUGGAGCAAAAAGUCUUACACCUAAUGAAAGUGAUUUUGUAGCACGUUGCAAAUCACGAAAAAAUCAUCUUGCUAAAUUUCCUAUUAAUGAGAAUUUAAGCGAAAAAUAUGUUUGGCAGAUUUUUCUUCGUGAUGUUUCCGAAUAUAUUACAAGAAAUUACGAGUCAAUCGUUUCUCAGCCUAUUCGUCGUCAUCGCCGAGUUUCUUCCAAAAUGCAGGGCUCUGCUCAAGGACACUCAUCUGAUUCUGUCCUUCAAGUAGCUUUGUAUCGUCAAAAUCAAGAUCCAGGAAGCAGCAAAUCAAAUCAUAUAUCUCAUAUUCAACAUAUUGCUCAAAUGCAACAAAUAGGACAUAUACAAGAUUUACAUGAUGAUACCGAUGAAGCAACUGCAAUGGCUCUUAAUGGCGUCGAUGCCAAUCUAUUUACAGAUUCUAACCUUCAUCUUAAUCUUUCACCUACUGCUGAUCAUGCACUUUCUACACAACAACUCUAUGAACAAGCACGUCAAGCUGCUCGUCCUUCUCCUUCUCGUAGAGGAAAACCUGCACAAAGACGUCCAUGGACAAAAGAAGAAGAACAGGCUCUAUUUGCCGGUCUUGAUCAAGUCAAAGGCCCUCAUUGGAGUCAAAUUCUUACACUUUAUGGUGCAGGCGGCACAAUUAGUGAGGCAUUGAAGGAUAGAAAUCAAGUACAAUUAAAAGAUAAAGCUAGAAAUUUAAAACUUUUUUUUCUUAAAAAUCAACUUGAAGUUCCCCCAUAUCUAAGAUUCGUUACCGGAGAUUUAAAGCGCGAGUAAACUUCAGUUUUCAAAUAUCUAUUAAUCUAGAAUCUCGGCACUAGAA